GCAGGAGAAAUAUAUUUUUCCAAUUGAAGCGAUAUCAAUGUACGUAGGAUACAAGUUAUAAUCUCAAUUGAGGAGCUGCCUCUUCUUAAUUUCUUGAAUCCCAAUUACCGUACGAACUCAAUGGCUGAUUGUGACAAUAGUUUUUCGAGCAGCUACAUGCUGUUGAAACACCAAGAGGUGAGAUUUCUGGAUCUGUUUCGCAUUCUGUUUUCCAGUGACAUAGAGAAGAGGAAGUUUGUGGACUGCUCGGCGGUAAGGGAGGAGAGUUUGCAGCAUAGAUGGAUCAUAUUCACCUCAAUCGUGGCUCAGAAGUUCCUGCAGUGUAUGUCAAAGCCCUUGGCAGGGAUGGGAUGGCUGAUCGAGAUGUGGCUCAAUCUUCUGCGCAACAAUGGUGGCUUCGGUCGGUUCUUGCUCAAUCUUGGACGAGGAAGGAUUGAAAUUCCAGACAGGACAGGGGAAACUUUCUUAUCUUUUGUUGGAAAUUUGGACACGAGGGUGGAUUUAGAUGGUAGCAUCAAGCAUGAGGAUGGCUCCAAGUACUAUGCUGCACUUUCAAUGAUGGCAUCUAAAGUGGCCUAUGAGAACCAAGCCGUUAUUCAAAAGACGGUCACUCAACAUUGGAAGAUGGAGUACCUGGGAUUUUAUAAUUAUUGGAAUGAUUACCAAGAAAAAGCCACAACACAGGCAUUCUUGCUUGAGGAUAAAGAUGAUGAUCGUGAUACAAUCAUAGUCGCCUUUCGAGGCACUGAAACGUUUGAUGCAGAUGCAUGGAGUUCAGACGUUGACAUAUCCUGGUACGAGCUCCCCACAAUUGGGAAAAUUCACGGCGGUUUCAUGAAAACCCUAGGUUUGCAGAAAAAUGUCGGCUGGCCCAAGGAUCCCGUCCCAAAUGACAAACGGAAAGCGCCGUUGGCUUACUAUGACAUAAGGGAAAGGUUGAAAGAACAGUUGACCAAAAACGGCCAAACCAGAUUUGUCAUAACGGGACACAGUCUUGGUGGCGCGCUGGCUAUUCUGUUUCCUGUAGUUCUGGCUUUUCAUGAGGAGAAAAUGCUGCUGGAGAGACUUGAAGGAGUAUACACGUUCGGACAACCCAGGGUUGGAAAUGAGCAGUUCGGACAGUUCAUGGAGAAGAUGUUAACAGAAAAUGGUAUUCGGUAUUUCAGAUUUGUUUACGGUAAUGACAUUGUCCCAAGGUUGCCUUACGACGACAAGAAUUUUAUGUUCAAGCACUUUGGUUCCUGUCUCUACUUCAAUCGGCAUUACGAAGGGAAGGUAGUGGAUGAGGAACCAAACAAAAACUAUUUCUCAGCGUUGAGGACGAUACCAAAGAUAAUAAAUGCAAUCAUGGAGCUGAUAAGAAGCUUUACCAUAAGUGGCUCAAAAGGACCGGAUUACAAAGAAGGGUGGUUUCUAAUAGUUUUUAGGCUAAUGGGAUUGCCGAUGCCUGGUGUCCCUGUCCAUUUUCCUCAAGAUUAUGUGAACGCUACCCGACUUGGAACAUCAGACCUUUUUCUUCCAUCCAGCAAGGGCCCAGACCAAUAAAAAAGGCUGACUGCAAUUUGGGUACUACUAAAAAUGUGUUUAUUUAAAUUUUCACAAUUCAUGUUCUGCAUUUUGGCUUGUUUCAUUCCUGUGACAAGUGUCCGAUUGCAAUAACUGAUCUUGUUGACG